GCUGAAGCUCCCGUUUCUGGUUAAGCCAACUUCUUCUCUACAAGCUUCUGGUUUUCUCCAAUUUCCUCACCUCUUCGACGCGGUAUAUCCACUCAAAAAGGGCAUUGGAUGGCUGGCAUUACUUGUGGAAGUAUGCGGGUUGUGAUGUGGGGAGUUCAGCCUCAGCUCGUAUUCGGAUCCUCUGCUGUAGUUCGAGCAUCGUUGUCGACUCAUUGUUUGUCCAAAAGGGCCCCAUCGCUAAGUUCAACAAUUUUCUCUCAGAAACCCUUGGGUGAACUUUUUGGUUCAGCAUCAUACAUCAAACCACGCCAGAGUAGAGGCGCGCGCCUUGUUGUUCGAGCUGAAAAAGAUUUCUACUCUGUCCUUGGUGUCUCUAAAAAUGCAAACAAGUCUGAGAUCAAAAGUGCAUAUCGAAAGCUUGCUCGGAACUAUCACCCUGAUGUGAACAAAGAACCGGGAGCGGAAGACAAGUUUAAGGAGAUCAGUAAUGCUUACGAGGUUUUAUCAGAUGAUGAGAAACGUUCCAUAUAUGACAAGUAUGGUGAGGCUGGGCUUAAAGGUGCCGGCAUGGGAAUGGGGGAUUUCAACAACCCAUUUGAUAUAUUCGAGUCGUUAUUCGAAGGCAUGGGUGGUAUGGGUGGUAUGGGAGGAAGGGGAUCCCGCAGCCGAGCCACUGAAGGCGAAGAUCAGGUCUACAAUUUGAUCCUCAACUUCAAAGAUGCAGUGUUUGGCAUUGAGAAGGAGAUUGAAAUAACCCGUCUCGAGAGCUGCAGCACCUGUAAUGGUUCGGGGGCGAAACCGGGAACAACUCCAACCAAGUGCAGCACUUGCGGAGGCCAAGGGCAAGUUGUAGCAUCCACGAGGACGCCACUAGGUGUCUUCCAACAGGUCAUGACUUGUUCGACUUGUGGCGGAGAGGGAGAAGUGUCAACUCCUUGCAACACAUGUGGGGGCGAAGGCCGAGUAAGAAAGUCGAAGCGUAUCAGCUUGAAAGUUCCGGCCGGGGUGGAUUCUGGAAGCCGUUUGAGGGUGCGUAACGAGGGAAAUGCCGGACGUAAAGGGGGACCCCCGGGAGAUCUCUUUGUCACCAUUGAUGUCCUCCCCGACCCCGUUCUGAGAAGGGACGACACCAACAUUCUCUAUACGUGCAAGGUUUCUUAUAUAGAUGCCAUCUUAGGAACGACGACCCAGGUGCCAACCGUCGAUGGAAUGGUGGACCUCAAAAUUCCGUCGGGCACGCAACCGGGGACGACCUUGGUCAUGGCAAAGAAAGGCGUUCCGCUUCUCAACAAGAGGAACAUGAGGGGCGACCAGCUCGUGAAAGUGCAAGUCGAGAUCCCGAAGCGACUGAGUGGCGACGAGAGGAAGCUCAUCGAGCAACUCGCUGGCCUGAAGAAGGAGAAGGCUCCCAGUGUGAGGUAACUAUAUUUGCAAUAUUUAUCAAACUUUAGUGAUAGAUGUUGUAUUUGUAGAAUUAUAGCCAUUUAUAAGGCACAUUGCUACCUCAGUGAAUCUACAUGAGAAAAAAGAAUUCUUGAAAUUUUGGCAUUAGUUUGGUGUUUUGCCAUUGGAAUAAGGUAUUCCUACUUCGAAUC